GAAAGGAGAAGCCAGCUCGGCCCCGUCGCUCUGCAACUGGGGUGUUUGCUCCAAAUCCUUGUGUCUCACUGGGGCUUCUCUGCUCACAGAGUCUGUGUGGACAGCUUCUCCUCUCCAUGGGGAGAUGUCGGGUCUACAGCCGUGGGGCUUUGCUCCUGUUUAGCUUCACCCCUCGGGCUCAUCCGCACAGGGAAGUGAUUGGGAUUAAAUGAUGGAAGCAGAAGUCCUGGUUAGCACCUGGGUGGCUGCUUGAAUCUGGAACGAGUGCAGAAUGAGCACGUCCACACAGGGAGUUAGUUAUCCGGGCAGGGGUGCCCUGUAUAGUCACCCCUGCAGCUUCCAAGGGGCAGCAAGUGCUCACCCCUCUCUCUUCCUCCCGGCCAGGGUGAUAAACUCAGGGAAGAGCCAGCACAACGAGGACCAGGCCUGCUGCGAGGUGGUGUUCGUGCAGCGGAGGCCCAGCCAGAGGCGAAACCCAGCCACGGGAGAGCCAGAGUGGGGCAGGAAGAGCCUGUACUUCCACUACUGGGGGCUGUUUGAUGGACAUGCGGGCAGCGGUGCCGCCAUCAUGGCCUCCAAGCUGCUUCACCGGCACGUGUGCGAGCAGCUCCGGGACCUGGUGGACAUCCUGCAGGACCCGGCGCCUGCCCCCAUCUGCCUGCAGAGCGAUGCCAGGGGGCCGGCCGAGGCUAGCCGGGCCCCCUUGGCGGAGGAGGAUGCGGAGCCCCUCAACGACGCCUUGCCCCGCUUCCACCUGGAGAAGGCGGUCUCCCACGAGAGCCUGGUGAUCGGUGCCAUCGAGAACGCCUUCAAGCAGAUGGACGACCAGAUUGAGCGGGAGCGGGCGACGCGGCACGUGUCCGGCGGCUGCUGUGCCCUGGUGGCCGUUUACUUGCUGGGGAAGUUCUACGUGGCGAACGCGGGGGACAGCAGGGCCAUUAUCAUCCGUAACGGGGAAAUCAUUCCAAUGUCCCGGGAGUUUACUCCAGAGACAGAGAGGCAGAGGCUGCAGUUUUUAGGGUUUCUGAGACCCGAAUUGCUGGGAAACGAGUUCACGCACCUCGAGUUCCCCCGGAGGAUCCAGCACAAGGAGCUGGGGAAGAAGAUGCUGUACCGUGACCAAAGCAUGAACGGCUGGGCCUACAAGAAGAUAGAGGAGGAUGACCUCAAGUUCCCACUCAUCUAUGGAGAAGGCAAAAAGGCGCGGGUCAUGGCCACCAUUGGGGUGACACGGGGCUUGGGAGACCACGACCUGAAGGUGUACAGCUCCAACAUCCACAUCAAACCCUUCCUGUCCUGCUACCCCGAGGUCCGGGUGUACGACCUCACGCAGUACGAGCACUGCCCCGACGACGUCCUGGUGCUGGGCACUGACGGCCUGUGGGACGUCACCAACGACAAGGAGGUAGCCGAGGUGGUCAUGGAUGUGCUGAUGGGCUACGAGCCCAAUGACCCCUGCAGGUACACCGUGGUGGCACAGGAGCUGGUGGUUCGGUCCCGGGGGGUGCUGAAGGAGCGCGGCUGGCGCCUGGCCAACGACAAGCUGGGCUCCGGGGACGACAUCUCCGUCUUCGUCAUCCCGCUGGGCGGCCCCGGCAAUUACACGUGACGCUGGGCCGGCCCAGGCCAUGGGCCUCGUGCCACUGAAAAGGACCUGUGACCGGGAUGCUGGUGCUGCUGGAGGUGGGCGCGCGGAGGGAUCCCCACAGGGCCUCGACCUGCGCCCCCAUCCAGCUGCCUGCCGCGUCCCGGCCUUUGCCCCGGCAGCAAGGGGAAGAAGCUGUCAGCACCCCAGGGUUAGGGGUCAAGGUUGGGCUGUUGCAUAGCCAGCUCUUGCUGGGCUCUGGGACCCCGCUCCCCGGGGCCGUGCCUGCCGGGAUGGGCGAGUGCAGCCAGGGGCUGGAUUUCCCCUUGCUCGGUGGUGCGCACGCCUGCCGUCAGCAGCUCUUUGCUUUGUUCUCGUGUGUCAUGCUGGCUGGCAACACUGCGCUCACUGCUAGUGCCCCCCUGCGCCCCUGCGCUGGGUGCCCAAUUGCCCCAGUGCCCAGGCCGGGCUCUCCUGCAGGGUAACAGCGGUGCCAGGGACAGCAGGGAGUCACACUUAGCUCCCCUGUUCAUGCAGCCCUCGCUCCCGGCCACCCCCUUGUGUCAGCCCUUGCAAUGGGGUGGGCAUCCCAUCGUGGGAGUGCCUGUGCCAGUAGCAUGGGGCAUGUGCCAGCCCUCUGUCCCGAGGCUGCUGCCCCGUCCCUGUCCCCGUCAGGUCAGCGCUGUGUUUCUGAGGCCAGGCGUACUCAGCUCAGUGUUACUCACCGAAGAGCUGCUCCGAGCACCGCUCAACUCGCAGAUCCUUUCUGAGCAGCUCUGAUCGCAGCCGCCAGCCCCGCAGAGCUGCGCCUUCCCUGUGCUGCCUGCACGCGCUUUGCCCUGGGGCCGAAAGAGGCGGUUUCUUAUCUCGGUCCUGGCCCGCUCUGCAUUGCCGGGAGCUGUGCUGCUCCGCAGGUCUGUUCAGGUAGCGGAGGCAGCGCCUCAUGCAGACAGCUCGCCUGGGACACGAGCUUCCCAGGUCUCUGCAGAGCAGGGUGUCACAGGUUAAGGGGGCCAUCCUGGCCCUGUAGCUAUGCAUCGCUGUCCCUGGGCAGAGCUUCCCGCUGCUGGCCUGCACUUUGGCUUUGCCCGUGUCUGUGUCCUGCUGCCGUCGGGGGCCCCUGCGAAGCAUCUGCGUUGGGUAAGCGCGGCCUGUCUCUCUGCAGCUGUGCCAUGUAAAUAAACUGGCUGUGCCCAGCGGGACCUGAGAGGUGUCCGUGCGGUUCUUGCCAUGCCGGCGUCCCCGUUCUGCACUGGAGGAAGGCACUCUCCCCAUGUAGCUCGGCUUUUGGACGUGGGUCCAGCAGGUUCUGCGAGAGAUGCACCUAACGGCCAGAGUCCUGGUAGUGUCUGCAGGCCGAGCUGCCAGCCCGUGUCUGCCCCUCAGGUGCCUACACCCUUGAGGAUGCAGCCAGCUUUCCCACCC